UGCCAAACCAGCUGGCAGUUUCAAUUGAUAGUCUGACCCAUAACUGUAGGCAACAGUCGAACCCGUGACCUCUGCAAUCAAAUUUAGUCUCUCUCUCUCUUUUUUUUUUUUUUUUGGUUUGGUUUGUAUUUUUCAGUUUGCACACCCUAGGUCAUUAUGCGGACUAUGGACAAACACGCAAGAAUCUUCUACUCUGGAGGUCCACACCUUCCUCCCUGCAGCCUGUAAUUUAACCCUUUUUAACGACUCUCACACAUUUACCUUUUUGACAUCAUGCGAGACUGAAGCAGCUGAUAACAUAGAAGUUCGACUUUGUCCACAAGUUGGUGAAUCUACAGGGUGGAAAAGUUGUUCACAGCACUCCUCGUCCCUAUCCGGGUCUCCUCACCUGAUCUGCACGCCACUCUCAGCCGGCGCGCACAGCGUCUUUGCGGCCCCUGCGGCGGUCAGGAUGUGGACCCCGGGGAAUCUGCCUGCUUGGAAAGCAACGAUUUUUCUCUGUAACAUCAUCUCUGCAGCUUUGGCCAAAAGACACGUCGUGUACUGGAAUUCCACGAACACAAGGUUAACGACAGGAGAUCUGUCCGUCCAGGUGAAUCUGAACGACUACCUGGACAUCUACUGCCCGUACUACCCAAACAAGGGCACUGUGGGGAAUGAGAACCCAGAGACGCUGGCUCUGUACCUGGUGGCAGAGGCUUCCUUCCAGGGCUGUGUGGAGACCAGAAAAUCCAUCAAGAGGUGGGAGUGUAACACCCCGCAUGCCCCGUUUGGACCAGUACGCUUCUCUGAGAAGAUCCAAAGGUUCACGCCCUUCUCACUGGGGUUUGAGUUUCUGCCAGGGCGACACUACUACUACAGCUCUCUGCCCACAGAUGAAGGCCCUCCUCUGCCAUGCAUGAAGUUGCGUGUCACCGUGUGCUGCGAGCCUACAUCAGAGGGCUCCAAACAAAUACAAGAAACUGCACCUUCAAAUACUGCUCGCUCACUGAGGACAGCUUCACCUCCUCUCCUCCUCCUCCUCCUCAUCUUCCUCCGGCUGAUCACCUGACCUCCAGGACCAUCCUCAUCACCACUGACCUCAACCCCCGUCCUCUGAUGGACCAGGAGUACACAAUGCAAUCUAUGCUCAGACAGUGAAUGACACAAUGCAAUCUAUGCGAAGCUUUUGCUAAAGACAGAUAUCAUCAUCAUCUUCUUCUUCUUCUUCUUCUUCUUUAUCGUCCUCAUCUUCACCCCGUGGCUGUUUACCAGUGAAAUUAAAGGAAGAAUCAGGUGUGUUUUUAUGCCAGAGCGGGACCACAGUGACUCAGGGACUGUCAUGUUGAAUCACGGUGAUUCACCAUUUCUUGUUAUUUUGCUCUCUCCCAAAUGUUGUCUAAGUAGGAGAGCAGAAUAUUAGGCAUGAGCUUGAGCAAGUUAUAAGACUCCCAUCUAAGUCUGAUGCCAGAAGAACACAACAAAGAGCUACUGGGACAAAGUUUCCUUCUAUUUCACCUUUUUGUUUUUUCUUACAUUUAAUGUGUGUGUUGUUGUUGUUGUUUUUUUACCUUUUUGAGAACCCCUCUAGUUAAAAAGUGACCAAAUGAUCACACACUGCUGUACUGUAUGGCUCAACUUUGAGAUCAUACUCUUUCUUUUCUUUUUGAUGGUCACACAGAAGUUUCUGAAACAUUUUGCCUGAUUUGGAUCUCAUUAAAAUAAAAAGGUUCAACUUCUGUAACUGAAAAUAUUUUGAUGUUUUGGUAGGAAAUUUGGAAUAUUCCAGACAGGUCAGGCAGGGCUGCUGCGCCCCCUACUGGGACUGAACUGGUUUAACUGGAGUUGAACUGGUCUGGAAACUGGACACUAAGAUUCUGGCGCUGCGUGGUAAUAACAAGACCUUUGGCUGAGUUUGCCCUCUCUGAUUGGACUCCCUGUUGUUCUGCCUCCCCUCUCUCCUCUCUCCGCUUCAGACUAAAGCACAGAACAGCGGGGGCUGAUGGGUAAACGUAGAGCAGGGGCUCGUCUGGCUCCACUGAACACAGUGCGGACCUCUGAGGAGGCUGAUUAAUGGAAGCUCAUGUUGAAAACCAGAUGUGUAGAUAUGCACACAAGCUUUUUUCUAUUAUUUGUGAUGUUGUUAUUAUUUGUGUAGUUUUUUUAUAAAGUGAUCCUUACUUUUCCGCUUUACUUAGUUAAUAUAUUCUGCAAAAUUAUAUAUAUUAACUGUAAUUCAAUAUUGUAGAUAGAAAUGAUCCCUGAUGUUUAAGUGAAAAAAUGCGUAAAAACAUUGUUUUUUAUUCUGGAUUUAUGUGUGUUUUUGUUACAUUUUCUACAUGCUCUGCUGCAGUGUAGUUUCUAAAAAUUAAAUGAUUUAAUUAUGGAAUGAAUUUAAAUUAUCAGAUUAUUUUUUUUGAAGAAAUCACCCUUAGUUAAAUUAAAAAUAAAUAAAAAUGAGUAAGCUACUCAUUUAUAUUCCUGAUUUUUUAAAUUAAAAAAUGGAGAAAGUUUGUAUUUCCCCUUGAAUUAUUUUUUUGAAUUAUCUAAUUGUUUCCCAAAUAAUUAUAAUGAAAAUCGAAAGCUUAAUUGCACAGAUUUACUGUCUUAAAAAAAACUACAUUGUUAGCACUUAAUAUAUUUCUCUUUAAAUAUUUGUCGCUGUAAAACACACCGGUCAUACUGUUGUUUUUUUAAUUGUUGUUUACUUAAUGUGUGUUAACACGAUGUUUAAAAAUCUGUUGAAUAUUAGUGAUGUAGAAUUAACAAUCAUGUACUACUAGACAUUUGUUUUUGAUUUCUUUAUCUGUGUGUGUUCUGCUUUCACAUUUUAGUGAAGAAUGUCGCUUCUUCUGUGAAGAGCCAACUGCAAUCUGAGCCUUUUUUUUUCCACGGCGAUGAACAAAAUAAAUAUGAUUGCAUUCAAACGCA